CUAUUAUGGCCGCCGAUUGGCGCAUGCACGUACGCACACCAAGGCUCGGUGCACACACCAACGCACGAACACGCGCGUGCUUCAGGAGCGUAGCAGUCGCUCGCGGCCGAGAAGAGUGAAAAGAGCGACAGAAACGGUCGGUCCGCGCGUUGCCUUGUAAGGCGGAGAGUUGGUGUGUGACGUCCGUGCGCGGAUGGCUCGAAGAACGCCGAUUUUCCUCAGCUUGUACGAGUAUCCUUACUGAGCAGAGGAAAGAACGAGUGAAAGGAGAGUGCGGACCGGGCGCGACGCCGACCGUCGACAUAACCGCGUAUACGUAAAAUCCGACAAUCCGUCAAGUUUAAAGCUGCCGAAGGCACCAUUUUCAUCAUCUCUGUAGUGUGUAUAGCAAACUAGAAACCGAUUACUAGACGCAACGUGAGUGUUCUUGAAUCAGCAAGGAAAUAUAUAUUAGUGAGAAAAGAAACGGAGACAGAGAGAGAGAGAGAGAGAGAGAAAGAGAGAGAGAGAGGGGGAAUAGAAGUAAAAAGGAUACCGAAGGGCAUCGAAAGAGAAGGAUAGAUACAGCAAGAAAAGAGAGAAAAAAGAAAAGCGAAAGAGCGAGCAAGCGAACGAAUAACCAAGAGAGAAAAAGAGAAAGAGCAAGAGAGCGACCGGGAAAGAGGAGCAAGAACAAGUUAAAACGCCAAACGAUACGUAAGAGACAAAGGCCACGGCGGCAUAACCUCCAAGCCAACCGUACGGCGCAUUACGGGAAUCUCUCAUUCUCAUAGAUUUCUUCGUAUUCUCAAGAAAUUUGGUACAUUAUUCAUGAAAAAUUCUAUUUUUGCAAGUGCAUGCCUGCUCGGGCUUCCAUAUGAAGUGUCGCACGAGUGUGAGAGAGAGAGAUAGAGCACGUGCGUGAAACAUAUUUUCCUCGAGAUACAGGAGUCGUCAUAAAGUGAAAGAGCGGGACGGUUGUUUGUACAGUCGUGUUUUUCUGCGACACCUGGUAUACGAUAUACUUACAUCCGCGAGUGUUGUGUGAACGAAAUUUACUCUUGCUACAGGAAAGAGAAAAAGGAAAAAAGAGGAAAAAAAAGACGGAAAGAGGCGAAUAAUAUUCUUAGUGCUGCAGUCUACAGUUGAUGGAUGAAACUGGCAGGAUGCUGCAACACGGCGGAUCAGGUGUUGGUUUGAUGGGAGGAAACCAGGGUCAAGGGGCCCAAAAUACGACCGGAUACGGUAGUAUGGGGCCUGUGGAUGGAACUGCGACACAAGGUCCGGAUCAAGCCGUCGAGGCUAGAAAACAGGACAUCAGUGAAAUUCUCCAACAAAUUAUGAACAUCACUGAUCAAAGCUUGGACGAGGCGCAAGCGAGAAAACAUACAUUAAACUGUCACAGAAUGAAGCCAGCCUUGUUUUCGGUCCUGUGUGAAAUCAAGGAGAAAACGGUCCUAUCUUUACGAAAUACUCAGGAAGAGGAACCGCCCGACCCGCAGCUAAUGAGGUUGGACAACAUGUUGAUCGCGGAGGGUGUCGCAGGACCGGAAAAGGGUGGUGGCGCGGGAGCUGCGGCCUCUGCCGNGGCGGCAGCCGCGGCUGGACCACCUGGACAACCCGACAACGCCAUCGAACAUUCGGAUUACAGAGCCAAACUUGCCCAAAUUAGACAGAUUUACCAUCAGGAGCUGGAGAAAUACGAACAGGCGUGUAACGAGUUCACAACCCACGUAAUGAAUCUACUGAGGGAACAAAGUCGUACCAGGCCAAUCACGCCGAAGGAGAUCGAGAGGAUGGUUCAGAUUAUUCACAAGAAGUUCUCCAGCAUUCAAAUGCAGCUUAAACAGUCUACCUGCGAGGCGGUGAUGAUUCUGAGGAGUCGAUUCCUCGACGCAAGGCGUAAGAGACGGAAUUUCAGCAAACAAGCGUCGGAAAUUCUAAACGAAUACUUUUAUUCGCACCUCAGUAAUCCGUAUCCGAGCGAAGAAGCGAAAGAAGAGCUCGCACGAAAGUGUGGAAUCACCGUGAGUCAGGUUUCCAAUUGGUUUGGCAACAAGAGGAUACGCUACAAGAAAAACAUAGGUAAAGCACAGGAGGAGGCGAACUUGUACGCAGCCAAAAAGGCAGCUGCAGCUUUUGCAGGAGCGUCGCCGUACAGUAUGGGUGGUGCCAGUCAAGGCACCCCGACGCCGAUGAUGUCUCCGGCGCCACCCGGCGGGCCACAAGACAUGGCCGGAUACGGGAUGGGCAUAAACGGUAGCGACUACGGCUCGCAGCCGUACAACGACGGCUCCAUGGGCUACGAUCCUAUGCACCAGGAGCUGUCGCCUUGAAAUACUUAGAGGAAUCGCAAGAAGAUGCGCGAAACAGACAAUUACGAGAAUGAAAUUAAGAUGUAGAAACGCAUAUGUAUAAGAUGUAUCGUGAAAAUGCUCGCGCAAUCCGAUCACCUCACUAUCUGUGAUCCGAGGCUCGUCGUUAACGCGGCGAGUAAUACGAACUAAAAAUCGAUAUUAAGCUAUUAAUGUUAUGUAAUACAGAUUCUCUAAGCGAGAAGCGUUCACGUUCCUAAGCGACGCGUAAAAAGAAAGUCGCACCAGAAUUCGACGAACGAACGAUACGUUGUCGAGCUUUGGUUUACGAUCGAAAGCUAACGAACAACACACCACCGCGAUACGAGAAGUUCACCCAACAUUCGCGAUAUACGUGAUAGGAUUAAGCAAAAGGGUUGGUUGUUUGUGCUUGCGAAAGAAAGAAGCGGCCAGAAACGGCAGAUACGACCCGUUCCUAGUCGGUUUAUCGUCCUUUACCUUUUUCACUUCUUCGACUUGUACGACAACUGCUUCUUCGUCCUCUUUUUCUCCCACUCCAUCGUUUCCUCUUUUUGUUCCACGCUGUUUUGCGAAGAUCAAGCGUGAACGCUUCUAUGCAUCGACGCCACCUUUCUCCCUCUCAGCGAGACUCAUCGAGCGAAGAUGGUCGAAAUGAAAAGACAGUGAACGGAAAAAGGGAUGAACAUAUAGAAACGUGAUGAGCAAGCAGAUAAAAAAGUACGAUCGGGAAACAGAAUAGAAACGAAGCAAUGGUCCCGCGACACAACACUAAUGUAUACGAUUUUUCAACAUGAAAAUAUUAUAUAUUGUAGCUAUACAUAUAGAGGUAUAUAAAAGAGAAUAGUCCAUAGGCAAAAAUGUAAUAGCUAAGUACAUCAUUGUAACGACGAUACUAACUAGUAAAACGAGAUUUAUUUUAUUAUUAUCA